AUGGUUCAACCAACAUAUAUGCGAACCUCUGGUGCGCUGGAACAAUAUGUCUAUGCUGAGGCCACGAAUUCCUUGGGAAGGGAGUACCCAGAUCUCCAGCUAUCUGCCAUAGUCGGCAAUGAUAGCAAGAUUAGGGACCUAGCAAUUACAGUAUCUGAGCGCGGAGUUGUUGUCCUCCGUAACCAGAACAUUAAUAUGGGCCAGUUCAAAUAUCUUAUUCAGAGAAUGGGCGAACUUACAGGUAAACCAGAGGAGGGAAAGCUACAUAUUAAUGCGAUCCAUCCUGAGAUUAAUUCCUGUCUUGGAAAUGACCAUGCCCUGUCGGACCCCGAAAUUUAUGUAGUGUCAUCCGAUCAUAACCGUGACAAGUUUGAUGACUACCUGAACACCAAAAAGAAGCAGUUUGCCAGCCGAGGUUGGCAUGCGGAUACCUCAUAUGAGAACAUUCCAUCAGACUAUGUCGGGAUGAAGAUGGUGAAAGCUCCUAAGGCUGGGGGCGACACCCUAUUUGCAUCUUGCUAUGGGGCCUAUGAUCGGCUGUCUGAGCCAUGGCAGAAGAUGGCUGAUUCGCUGACCUCUACGCACCAUGAGCCGGAUAUUAUGCCACUUGCAGACAAAGGAAUCAAGCUCUGGUUAGGCCCCAGAGGCCAUCCUGAAAAUGUCGGUGGUAAAUUUGAGGGGACACAUCCUCUCGUGAUAACCAACCCAGUAACUGGCUGGAAGGCUCUUUGGGGGUUUAGCCCAAUUUCGAUGCGCGCUAACGGGAGAAUCAACGGUGUUACUGAUUAUGAACAUGAACUGAUGAAAGCCUACUUCUUGAAGUUAAUUACAGACAAUCAUGAUUUGCAAUACCGCCAUCGGUGGAAGCCUGAUGAUAUUGUAAUUUGGGACAAGUUCCUAUGA